CAGUCUGCAGCACCCGCCGGCCGCCCGCACCAUGCCGCGCUCCUUUCUGGUGAAGACGCAGCCCGGACACCGGGCCCCCGACUACAGGCGGCUGGAGACGAGCAGAGGAGACAGUGGCACCUGCUAUGACAAGAAGGAGGCCCCUUCCGCGCUUGGCCACCUGGCCAGGCCCUGGGACUGUACCUCGGCCGUCACCUGUGUCUCCCUGCCCCUCCUGCCACGUCACGAGGAAGCCCUGGGGUUCCCUGGGCCAGACACACCAGAGAUUGGCCUUGGUGGCCCUUGGGCUGGCCGGGCCCCCAGCUCCCCUCUCAGAGACAGCCUGAACCACCUCAACCUGCCUGCGCUGCUGCUGCUGCCCACACACUGGCCCCCAAUCCUGCACCCCCACAUGUAUGGGGCUCCAGACAAACUGCUUGGGGCCCUGGGGGCCCCUCCAGCCCCAGGUAGCUUCAAGUGUGUGCACUGCCCCAAGGCCUACCACACACCAGCUGGGCUGGCCAGGCACCAGCAGCUGCAGUGCCACCUGCAGGCCGGGCGCAUCUUUACCUGCAAGCACUGUGACAAGGAGUAUGGCAGCCUGGGCGCCCUCAAGAUGCACGUCCGCACCCACACGCUGCCCUGUGUGUGCAGCAUGUGUGGCAAGGCCUUCUCCAGGCCCUGGCUGCUGCAGGGCCACAUCCGGACCCACACAGGUGAGAAGCCCUAUGCCUGUGCCCACUGCAGCAGGGCCUUUGCUGACCGUUCCAACCUCCGAGCACACCAGCAGACGCACUCGGGCACCAAGAAGUACCCGUGCAAGGUCUGCGGCAAGACCUUCUCCCGAAUGUCCCUCCUGGCGCGGCAUGAGGAGGCCGGCUGCUGCCUGGCUCCUGAGGGUGCCCCCUGCCCCAAGAGCUGAGGGUCAACUGGCCUCAGGUCGCCUGUCACUUGAGGUCCUGUGGGACAGAGGCCAGCCACACCCCUGUGGACUCCACCUUAGGGGUAUAUUCAUCACUGUUCUGCUUUUGACCCGGCCCAGUUUCUGGCCCUUGUCUUCUUCUAAGAGUGGGACACUUUGGGGGAUACUCAGUGGCACUGGAUGGUUCCUGCUGUGACAGGCCUCCCAUCUUCCCUCAAAACCUGGGGCAAGCAGGUGGCACUAUGACCUGGGAGGGCACAGCCAUCUCUUGCCAUGAAUGUACCCACCUGCCACACCGCUUACCCCAUUAUGGUGCCAGCAGGGAGAACAGGAGGGGUGGGUGGCAGGAGGGAGUGGGCACCUGAUCCUACGGGAAUAAAGAGCCAAGUCCCACCUUGUCCUCUGGGUCCUGGAGUCCCCUGCAGCAAGCCCUGGUUCCCAUCCAGUGUCAUAGUAGUUGCCAACCAGGCACCUUCCUGAGAAAGAUUCAGCAAGGACAACAGCAGGGGUAAGGAACACGGUGCCUGGGAGGGCUCAAGCCCCAUGGAGGACAGAGGCUGGGUGCAGGAGGGCUGGGUAGGACUGUGGAGGCAGAAGGGCAUCUCCAGCUCUGACCAGCUCAACCUGACCUGGAGCAGAC